GGACCCACCUCACUCCUCACGCCGCUGGAGCCCCGGACAGUCCUCAGCCGCCAUGACGUCCACGGUCGCCACCUCCAAGUCCGAGGGCACAGCUCAGUUCCCCCAGACCGUCGUGGUCGAGGUGGGAGAUAACCCGAACCUCAUCCGCGAUCACAUCGUGUGGUCAAUCUGCAGCUUCUCCAUGCUCAACUGCUGCUGCCUGGGACUGGUGGCGUUACUGAACUCCGUAAGGGCGAGAGACCAGAAGCUUGUGAGGAACCUGGAGCUCGCCAGAAUCUUCGGAAAUCGUGCGCGAACUUUCAACAUCGUCUCCAACGUACUGUCGCUUCUUACAAUCGUGAUAUUUCUAGGCAUAUACGCGGCAGCAAUCGGCCAUGUCAUUUCAUCUGUGAAGAGAACAUAACUGGACCCUUUGAAAGACCGCAAAGUAGUUUUGCUUUAGUCUGCUUUUCAAAAAGGGAAUUUAGUAUGUUAAUUUUUUUAUUUCAAAAGCUAAGGCUAUAGCAAAAAAAUGAACUAUGCUUUUGUGAAGCACCCUUGAUUUCUGUGUGUAAAUGCUUGUGAUUUUGUAAUCAUCCUACUGUUAGUCCCGCAAGCAAGGCUUUUGUCCGUAUGUCACUUUGAGCUUAUUAACUAUAAAAUCAUAUUAGCAGGAAACGCACGAUAAGAACUGUUAAGAGCCAUUACAAUUGCCAAAGCAACCAUUAAGAAGCAAGAAGCGAUUUCUUCUGGGAUUCUCAACUGCAUGUUGGGCUCAAACAUUUAAAAAUCUGAAAAAGAUGAACGAUCCGUGCUCGAUGUGAGUAAUCUUGUAAUUAAAAUUGUGUUGGAUAAUA